AAACAGACAAACGAGCAACUGAGAACAAUCAAAAUCAUUCAGAGAAUGUUUCGGAUGUAAUUGAAUCCACCAAAUUCACCCCACGAGUUUCAUUUUACGAUACAUCUCGAGAGUCUAAUGAGCACACCUGGGACGGCUCAAUUGUGAAGAGUCAGGUUCAUAAGAUUAAGCACUUAAUACACAAAGGAGUAAGAAGAAGGAAUCAAGACAACUCAAGAAUAAAGGAAGAGCCAAAAAGGAUAAAAAGUUUUUUAACGCUACUUUCUUAUGACUGGAGAUUCGGCUACCAAAAUCGACUGUCGGAUGUAAUAGAAUCUGGAGUACAUCCAGUGGAAUUACUCGGACCAAGGUUAGAACCUGAGGGUGAAGACCAGGCGACUUUAGAGAGCUAUUCAGAGUGCAGGAAUUUAUUAUACGAAGGGACGGAUGAACCGUUAUUUUCCGAUUAUGGGAGCGAAAGUGACGAUGAAGACGAAUACAUUAAACGGAGACGCUGCUCGAAGUUCAUCGAUGACAACUCUGCUAUGGAAGAAGCUUUAUCAGCCGUUUAUCUUAAUUCCGGAACCCUCAUAAAGAUGGCAAUCAUUGGUGUUGAGCUGCAAAAUGUUAUCAAAGUUUCCUUACGAAAGGCUGAAGCUGAAGUCGCCUCACUACAGAAGAGAAUUCGACAGCUUGAAGAUGAAUUGGAAUCUACCGAGACUCGUCUUCAAGAAGCUACUGUUAAGCUCGAAGAAGCGAGUAAAGCUGCUGAUGAAAGUGAUCGUGCUCGUCGGGUGCUUGAGGCCCGCCAGACUGCGGAAGACGAGCGGAUUUUACAUUUGGAAUCUGUGGUACAAGAAACUGCAAAAUCUGUGAGAGAUGCAGAAACGAAAUACGAGGAGGCCACUCGAAAACUUGCCGUUGCCGAAGUCGCACUGUCUCACGCGGAAGAUCGGAUUGAAGCUGCAGAAAGUCGUUUAAAGGAGCUUCAAUCAAUUAUUCACGGUACAAUGGGUCAGUUAAAAUCUUUAGAGCAUCAAGAAUCUCAGUUAAAUAAACAACGUAGUCUUCAUCAAUCUCAACUUGCCUCUUUAUCAAAACAAUUGAUUGAGGCUGAACGACGUGUUAAAGAAGCAAGUCAUCAAGAGGAGAUGAAACAAAUAGAAUUGUGCAAAUUAGAAGAAACAUUGGAAGCUGAACAAUUAAAUCAUACGAAUCUACGUCGUGAAAUGGAAACAAUGUUUACUGAAGUAGAAAAUAUCUAAUCAAUAGUUUACUAUUGACAGAAAUAUUUUGUUAUUUGAAUACUUUUCAAAGGAACUAAUCAUGAUCAUGCCCCAGUUACAUACAACUGUAUACAUAUACAUAAGCAUGAGAUAUGAUCAGUUAGAUAAUGCUAUGAAAAAUUUACAGCAUGAUCUCUUUUGGUUUGUUUUAUGCCUAACUUCUAUUGUCUACUGAAUAAUGCUCUUUUCUUUUUCCAACCCCUGCCUCCUUCUCCUCCUCCUCCUCUUCCCCACACUUUUGAGAAUGUGUCUUGAAGAUUUCCUCUUGGAAAUACUACUGUGCUGUUACUAUUAUUUCUCAUCAGUAUUACUUCAAUUGUGUGCUUUGUUUUCACCUUGUGUUUUUGUUAUUGUUGUGUAUGGUCUUAUUGGUGAAGAUUUUGAUCUUGUAGGAUGUUAUGCUAUUCUGUUCUGGUAAAUCAGCGCCUAUUUAUACUUUCUCAUAGGCUACUCUUGUGUUUUUUCUUUGGUUCCAUAAUAUCAGUAUUUUUUUCUAUACUAACUCCCCUUCUAUUCUUUGUUUGUCUACCAUCCUCAUAUACAAUUAGUGCCUGUUUUUACCCAAAUGAUUUCCAUUGUUUAUACGUGCAUUAUGUUUCUCAUUUGUUUCCAUGCUCGUUUAUUUACAUGGUGUGUGCGUGUGUGUGUGUGAAUGUGAGUGUUUGAGCUUUUGCAUAGUGUCAUUAUUAGCCUUAUGUAAUCGGAACAUUAAUUGUUAAUAUAGUAAACAAUUUGUAAUCAAGUACACAAACUUGUGUUCUAUUCACUUACUAACUAUUAUUUAACUGAAGUAAAU